GUAUGACGUACUUUGGUUGCCAAGGGAACCGUUGUAAAUCACAGACUCCUGGCGUUGAAGCUGAAGUUUUUUUUGUUUCCAGUCGUGAUUCCUGGACGAGGCCAUGUCCAACAGCUCUGAACAGAAAAAUCAGCAUUUGGGGAGUGAUGUCCAAGGAGCGCAGCCUGCUGCUGAGGCUCCUCGGGAAGCAGAUAUCCUCACUGACUCCCCGGGCCAAGAAGAGAGUCUAGAGGAAAGAGAGGCACAGUCGCUGGGCUCUGCGAGGAAAAAAGAGAACACCUCCGGCGCUGCUUUUGUAGACUCCGAGGUCUUGAGGUCACAACAAGAUCAGGCCACAGAUUAUUCGUCACAUGCAGGCACAAGGGAAGAGACGGCUCCCACUGCCGACAGGGUGGGAGUUGAUGCUAAAAUGUACGAGAGGAAACUGCGAAAGGAGUUGAAGAAGUUGUCAGGACUGAGUUGGCCCAGCAGAGACCGCCUUGCGGUGUUCAGUGACGUCUUUGAUGAUGUAUGUGAAGACUUGCCAGUAUUUGGACGCAUCCUGAGGGAAAUCAAGACUGAAUAUGAUUUAUACAUCAAUCACAUGAUGGAGACCCAUUCCUCACAAGAUAACGUGCCGCUGCAGCCAUUUGUCAGCGAUAUCGAUUAUUUUAUGGUCAGUGAUAAGGAAGUGGAGGGUGCAGAAAAAGGGGUUUGCAGUCUGGAAGAAGAGGCCAAAAGCGCUCUCAGGGAGAAUAAACGAGCUCAAGAUGAGCUAAAGAACUUUCCGGAUGAAUGCAGUAGCAGAAGGAAGACAUCCCUGUCCAGAAAAGAGGACAGCGGGAUGCCCAUCGACGACAGCGACACCGUCCAGGUCAGGAAACUUCAGGUUCUGAACGUGUUGGAGGAGAUCCAACAUCUAGAGGAGGAGAUCCAUGAAAGGAUGGCAUGUGCUGUUGCGAUUGCGGCCACUGAACGAAAACUCAAAGCUCUACAGGCAGAAACAAUAAAUCUGAUAGUUUCAAAUGACCGUCUAAGGACCCUUAGCAAGGAUCUACAGAACAACAUCACUUUGGUGUUAGACAGAGAGAAGCCAAUAGAGGUCAUCAGACGGAUGCUGUGGAAAGAGAUAGAAAGGGAUCUCCAAACAAACGGCGAAUAGCUUCAGUCACCUGCAUCUUUCGUUCUGUAACAGAACGAAACAAUAAACCUAUCCUUUGCACCAGCACCAAGAAUUACACACUUCUUGGUGCUGGUGCAUCAUGGGAAAUUAGAAUAAAAUACAUUAAAUCUAUUU